CUCUUUUGAAACUAACUAUGAUAGCUCUACAAAAACACAGCCUGGAGGUGUGUAAAGCAGCACCCAGCAGGUGACCAAAGUUAUUGAAAACUCAUGAAUAACCUAUGAUGGACAGCAAAGACUUGGAAGCAGAAAUCCACCCUCUAAAGAAUGAGGAUGGGAAAGCACAAGAGAACCAUGAAAAUUGUACAGAGAAAGAACGUGUCUGUAAAAAGCCCACACGAUUUGCUCAGCUCUCCCGAUGGCGAACUGCUGCCUUCUUCCUCUCGUUAUUUCUCUGUCUUAUUGUGGUGUUUGCUUUUUCAUUCAUCAUACCUUGUCCAGUGAGGCCUCUUUCACAAAAGACGUGGCACAGAACAUAUGAAAAUGCAGUGACCUACUCAUUUUUGGCUGUAGAAGAUGUGGACAAAGACAAAGUUCAAGAUAUUAUCUUUGCUUUCAAAAGUACCAACAGUAGCAGCAGUUUUAACAGAUCCUGCUUGGAUGAAGGCCUUUCCACUCCAUGUGCCUUUAUUGUUGCUGUGUCAGGCACUGAUGGCAGCACACUCUGGGAGAGGCCUGUCACUGAAGAUGUCCAUUGGAUGGAGUGUGGCAUUGAACAAUUGGGUGGGGCUCAGUCCCCAGGCUGCCUUGUCUUGGGGAAGCCGGAGUCCUUAACUGCAAUCAACUCUCAAACAGGGGAAGCUCUGUGGAGACAGACUAACAACUUUGGAGCUAAUUAUACACUGAUGACUCCUUUGUUAAAAAUCCCAGAUGUUGAUGGGGACAGUGUUCGGGACCUGUUGAUCUUUACCACUGUGAGAGAAGAGAUUAAAACCUACAUCCUUUCAGGAAAAAAUGGCAAUCAGGUCGGUUUCCCUGCACGACUGGGUUUGGGCAGAAAGGCAGUUUAUCUAAUGUACGCUACAAAAACGGGCUCCAACUACCUUCUCUUCCAUACAGUAAAUUCUCUCUAUGGCUACUCCUUGAAGGAUCUCUACAGUAUGGCAACUGGAAUGGAACCUAAAUUAGUCAGCCUUAAGCAAGAUCCUCAAUGGGAGAAGAAGAUUGAGAGCAGCUCACAUCACAUAUCCCUUCUCAGCUCUGGAGACAUUCGUUACAUGGUGAAGCUUCCCAGGAGAUCAGAGGAGGAUAUCUUGGUUGUGAAGUCAGAUAUGGCUGAGCUGCUCAGUGGACAAAAUCUUGAAUCCCUAUGGACUCUCAACACAUCCCAUAUUCUGAGCAAGCCUGUGCUUGGUUACUAUAAACCUGAUGUUCUUGACAUUGUCCUUGAGAGUACAGUUGGACCCAACAGGAAAAAGAUUGUGAUUGUUGGGAGUGGUUCUGGAGCAGUUCAGUGGGAGCUGGAGCUGAAUUCAAGAGCAGGAAGUCCCAGGCCAGCCACCCUCCCUACUGCAAAUCAUCGUUCCACGUUCCUCUUCUGGGGGGAGUACCAGGCAGAGGCUAAUGAGACGCGAUCCCGAGUGUCCUUCCAGAACCUGUACCUGUUUCAUCCCUCUUACCCUAAUGCCCUCUUGGAGCUGGCCAACAGCACAGAGCAGAUAGUUGUCUUUGAUGCUGUGCUGUUUGAGCGGAGCCGGCAUGCGUGCUACGUGCUGCUGACAGGCCCUCAGAGCAGUGAGGAGCCAGGCUUGGUGUCAGUCAUGAAACGGAAACUGAAAGAGGACAUCACUGACAGUAAGGUGAUAUGGCUAGGCCAGGUGUCAGGAGACAGCGAGCAGUACAUCAAGGACCGCCUCUACAGGAUGCGCUUCCAGAGCCAAAUCUGAACUCACUGAAAUGGACCCAGGAGAGGCUGCCCCAGCACAGUCUCCUCUGAGCCACCUGUCACUUGCAGCAGUGGACUUGAUAAACCUAGAACAGAUUCAAAUAAAGUCACCAUUUUUGAUCCACAAGCUAAAAUGUGGCUGGCCAGAAAAUAGUGCAGCAAAAAAAUCUGGGCACCCAAGUACCUAUAUGAGUGGCUGCCAGCACAGCCAACCUCUGAGCCAGUGGGGCUACAGUCCUCAGUUGUCACUUCAGGAAAACAGGGCUCUUUCCCUUUCUAAAUCAAACAGUACCUACUACACUGCAGAGCAUACCUCAGCUAGGCCUAACUUCUUGGUACCUCCCAACCAUAACCCACAGGAAGGCACAGCUGUUUGCUGGGGAGACCUGAGUUGGUGACUUUGUUGUUUGCAUUGAGGAGAGAACAUGUCCAUGACAGUGAGAGACAAGGAGAGACAGUGUAGGGUGGAGGAGCGGGGUUGCUUGCAUGGUGUUGAAUUUUCCUUUCUAUUUGGCCAUAUAUAUGCCUUGAUUCUCCUUAGGUAGCAAUUUCAUCCUUUACAAGCAGCUGACUGGCCAGAGGUUGCUUCCCCUUGUUCUCCAUUGAAAGACCUGAAUAUCUGGCUUCAGCAGCAGUAGAGCAGUGAGACGUAGAUAAUGACAGACCUCUGAGAGGAAAUGCAGUGGUUGAUAUAUCUGGACCAGGAGAGCCACAGGCUAAAAUGUAGUUCUACGCAGAAAAUGUGUUGUUUCUUUUUUUAUACAAAAGACAGGCCUCUUGCUUCCCAGGCUGGUUUUCACACCGUACACUUAGAUCUGCUGCUGACUAAAAUAGGAGUAUGCUGUUUUUCACCCCUGUUAACCAUGCAACACUGGCACAGCUCUAGGAAAGGGAGCUCAGCUUUGUUCCAGUCCAUGCAACAAGGGUAGAAUUGUUAGCCAGGUCCCAGCUAUAGAUGAUAUGGGAGCCAGAAUGGACCAAUCCUGGCUUGUUGAUCCCUAGGAACACUAUGAGAAACUGCUCAAGUGUGCAGAAUAGAACUUGCUUGGGACCUGUUUGUAGCUGUUCUUCAGAGUAGAACUAUGCUUUAGUGUUCCACAGAGACAGGGUAGCUGUUUCAAGAUGAUGGGAGACCCUAGAAGAUGUGGCAAGGUCCUUCUGUUUUGUAGCAAAGCUGCAGAAAAGCUUAAGAGCACUCCCAGUCCUUGUCCCCUGCUCUAAUCAUGGGAUGACUCUGCCCCUUUACCAUAAAAUCAGUUCAUGGGUAUGGACAUGUGGGUGCUUUUCUUCAUAGAUGCCCUGCCCUCUCGAUGGUAGGUAUUUACUGUCUUGGUUUGAGUAUGGAGCUGCUGUGUGAAGGGGAGAUGGUACAGCUGGGGAGACCAUGCAUGUGCUGCUGAGUCCCUGGUGGGACAGGAGUAAAACAGUGAGUGAACAACAGAAAUCAAAAGCAGAAUGGGAAUGUGUGGGGAGAAGCUGCUGGGAGCAGUAGUGCCCUACUGACAGGUCUGGGAGGGUUUUGGUUUCAAAGUGGGGUGCUGUGCAGUGAUGGAACUGUAGCCCGGCCAAGUCCUCUCGCUGCUCUGAUUCCCAUGCAGGAGGCGGAUGCAACUGUGCGACCCUGGCCUGUGUGUGGUCAUGUAAGUGGGGGCUCUCAACAAAUACUGGGCUCUCUUUGGUUUGCUUGAGGGCUGUGUGUAGAAACACUGUACAAUGAGGAGAUGGCUCAGGGCUGCAGAGGUCCUUGUGCCAGUUCUCUCAUCCAUUACAAAUGCACUGAGUCUCCAGCUGCUGCUGGGCAGUGCUCUCUGAGUGUAUCACUAACUCUUCCUCUUCCGGCUGAAUGGAUUGCUUUUUCUCUUGCUGGUGUUUGCUGAUGCAGCAGCUAGUGGUUUGGUCUGGCAGUUGGGUUCCUGCUUGGAGUCCUGCUAGGAGCUUUGGCAGGGAGAUGCACUUGUGCUUGACUUCCACUCUGGAUUGUAGUGAUUCUGGUGGUUACUUGCUCAGUGCAGUGCUCAUGGUUGCAAAUGGGAGCACUUCCAGUUGGCAGGCAAGAUGUUGGUGUGAGGUCAGUCUGUGCUAGCAGCUUGCCUCUGCAGCACAGUGGAGCUCCACCACUCUGGGGCAGAACAGUCAGGGAGUGUGUGAAUGUCAGACUUUCUGCUCUUGUUGGCUGGAAAAGGCUCCCCAACAGACCAUUCUCCACCAGAGCUGUGAGCUGCUUCCCCUGCUGUGUGACACCUCCAAGCACCCUGGAUUACAAAUGGUAGGUUUCCCUUUAUUUCACUGUUGCAGUUUCCUUUCACCCAGCAUUCUUAGUGAUGGAGGCACAGCACGUUACUCUUUGCCAAGCCUCUAUCUUGCUUAGCAGGGGGAAGAGAUGAAUGCCAGUGGCACUUGGGUUCCUUGGGCACAGUGAUGUGACUUGGCUCAGCAGUAAAUGUGGACCACACCCCAGGACUGGUCCUGUUCACAGUGAAGAUGGCAGGUUUGUGCACCUAAUGACCCUCCAGCUGGGUUGCUUGAGCAGGAAUUUGUGUGCUUGCCUCUGCAAGUUGCACUGUGAUUAGGACAUAGGGAAAGUCCAAUGCUUGCAUGCUAAUUUAAUUUCUAUUUAUCACUGUGCUGCCUGCAUCUCACUGAAAUGCCCCUUGAAUGGCAUGAGUGCUAGGGAUGUAUUCUGGGCAUCAAGAAUAUGUGGUGUGCAAACAGCUUCUCCUGGCUGCUUUUCCUCUUCCUUCCCAAAGUGCUGCACAUGCUUGCCCUUGCCAGGUCAGCACACUGACUUUCUGCAGGAGAGCUGGAUUUGCAGCAUCAGGGAUGCUUUUGCCUUUCAUUACUGUUAUCACAUUUCCAAAGCUCUUGGAAAGCUCUUCCUGAUGCCCCUUUGGCAGCUCGGUUAAAAUGUCAGUGCCAAACCAGCCCCCUCCUAAUGAGGCAAGAGUUUUUUCUAACUGCUUUUUCCCCUGUUGCUGUUUGUUGCAGUGUUUAAUGAAUAAUUUACUUUGUGCCUUGAUUCAAUAACUCAGAUGGGUGAUAGUAGCAUAAAUCACUGUGUGUAUCAUGGUGUGUGUUUAACACUAAGACUGUUUGUUCUGGUUCUAUAACUUAUUGCAAAUUGUGCUGUACAGGACUUGGCUUAAACGUGAUGAUUCCAAUAAAUUCUUUUUUGCAUUG